CUGGUUCAAAAAUGUAUAAUAUGUCAUACAUAUGUCAUGCUGUAAUUAUUUAUUAAAAAAGAACAGUAUUUCCCAAGUAGGCCUUGAAAUUAUCAAAUCAGUCAUUUGUUUCGUGCCCAUUUCCGAUUCUCUCAUGUGAUAUUGUACAUAAAUCAUAACAUGGAUAUAUAUAAUGAUGCUCACGCACCGAUUGAACAAGUGUCUCGGUUUCUACUGUCCAUAGAUUAUUUUAUUACUUUUAUUAUUCAUUUAUAACAUACUAAAUUAUGACGAUUUUUAACCAACUACGACAUUUCGCGUUGUUUAACUUUCUCAACCGGGACUAACCGUUUCCGCUAUCUGGCUGUGUAUUUAACCCCAUAUCGACGCAUCGAGAAAUGUUCCCGCGUUGUCCAGGUCAUGUCGUGAGCAAUACCGAUGACAGCAGGUGCCUCUAGGUGGACCUCGAUUAAUCUUGAAUCUCGUCCUAGUCCUUUUUGGACAGCGCCGCAAGCGGUCACACACUGUCUCGUUAACUGGUUGCCUAAGCGUCAACUCUGCAAGGCGACUCCUCACCGCUCAAAGUUCCAGCUAUGCGUAUUUAUUCAGAGGAGUUUCUAUAUACUGUUCGCAGUGCUCGAUUCUGGUAACAGAUGGCGCUUUGCGCUAUCUUAUUUCGAUAGAACGUAUCUCCGGGAUAGAAGAUAGUUAGCUGUCUUUGGUCGGACUGGCGAUAUUUUUCUAUAAAACGUCAUAUUUUCAGCAAAAAUUAUAGCCGACACAAUGUUGGAGCUCAGCCAGAAGAAAGGUGUUCCUUUGAAGAAUAUGUUGCCUAUUGGUCACUCUCUAGGAGGGCACAUCGUGGGAUUCAUAGGUCAAAAGGUUUAUGAAAAAUCCGGUCAAAAACUGCCGAGGAUAGUUGCCCUCGAUCCUGCAGGACCUUUGUUUGACGUCAGGCCUGCCGACAAGAGGUUGAAUAGUAGCAGUGCUGAAGUUGUUCACGUUAUCCAUACAGAUGGUGGUACUUUUGGCUACAAGGACACAAUUGGUACCUUGGACUUCUUCGUAAAUGGAGGUAGUUCACAACCUGGAUGCAAAAGGGUCGAUUUAGCAGAUUUAACGACAAUCACGGAACCAUUAUCAUGUGACCACCGACGGGCACCAUUCCUGUUUGCUGAAGCUUUAGCAUAUCCACGAGAAUACAUCGCUCAAAAAUGUGGCAGUUGGGAUGACUUUGAAGCAGACAAAUGCCAAAACGGUGAAAAAGUAGCCAUGGGUGACUUGAAUUCGAGAAAUCGCGGAAAGUUCUAUCUGAAAACCGGCAAGGACAGACCAUUCUUCAAAAUCGAAGAAGAGGAAAAGAAAAAAGCUGGAAAAGAAGUUGAAAAGAAUGCGGAUAAAGGUACAGACAAAGACAGCAGUAGGAAUGGGAACAGGCAGGAUGAAAAAGAGAAGAAUAAGGGACCCCUAUCAGGCAUUAAAGAAGCGGCAAGAUCAGUCAUAGGGUAGACAUUGUAGAAGCGUAUCCUGUAACGUCAAGAUGUACGUGAUGAAAUAAAAUAGUUUAAGUUUUCAAUUUAUUUCUGUGAAAGAUUACCUUUACCUGCCUAUUACCUACAACAAGUGUGAUACAAAACAAUUAAACAAUAACCAUUUGAUCAAAUGAAGUCACUUCUAUCUAUAAAACAUUGUAGUUACUGUAUCAGGCGAAUCGAAAAAGAAAAAUUAUGAUUGAGUAAUCCCAAAUCCAAAAGCAC